CCAGGAACACGCUCUUCCGCCCUCAUAGUCCAGCCCCCUAUGUCCAGACAACCUAUCCGUUGACCACUGUCUUCAUUCCACCCGCCCGGUUCGAAUAAACAGGCGUCGUUGGAUCUCUCGCACAGUCUUCUGGCCUUUCCAACUCUUCUCGAAUAGUCUCAUCCAAUCCAAUCAUGUUCGAGGACUUCUCCUUCUCGUCGCCGUCGUCCACCAGGCCGUCGCGGCUGGCGCUCGAAGGCGAUGACCGCCUUAUGGUGGACAGUGACAGUGCGCUCAUCUCCCCAAUGUCCUCGCGUUGUCCGUCUCCGCGUUCACAGCGAUUUCCUCGGUCCGCACCUCGCUCACGCUCAUCUUAUCUCCGCUCCGCUCAGCCGCCCACCUCCGUGCCCCUCUCCGCCUACGACCACAAGCGGCUCUCCAUCAGCACGCUGACGAGGAAACUUCACGAGCACACUCUUCAGAACCAAAAUGGAAUCCAACCCGAUGAGGGACGCUUUGAUCGGCCCGCGUCCCCGACCCCAUCCGACCUGGGCAUCUCGAGCAAGUUCCCCGGUUAUGUCCUGACACCCCCAGACACCGACCAUGACGAUGAGUCCCUGACCUCGGGGUCACUGUCUCCCCAGUCAUACUCGCCGUUCCUGAGCCCGACGUCCGCCCCGGCCGACUUUCCGGCCGACAAUAUGGAUCUGAGCGCUGCCCCGGGACUCGGCGGUCCAGACGCCUGGAGUGUCCGCGCUCAGCGGCAACAAAUCUCCCGACUGCAGUGCAACCAGACUGACGUCGAGUCCAUCCGCCGUGCUUUUGUCUCUGACGAUGAGGUUAUGCGAUCAGCCAUGUGCAGGGACUCCAUCUGUGAAGACGACUGCCACCCCAGCUCCCUGCCACCGCAGUCCUCGCCACGACGACGCGCCCUGACUCUUUCCCGCAAUCGAUUUCGUAACCAGUCCUCGGAUACGUCUGCGUUGGAGCCCCGGACACGGCGCAAGAGCAGUGUCAGUGCCCUCUCGUCACAUCGCAUCGAGAAGAGCUAUCACUGCUCGACACGAGAUAUGCACAAGAAGGGUGAGCAGGGCUUGAGACGUAAGAGCCUUGUGAGUGCGGCGCUGGCCUCCAUGGUGGAACAGGCGCCAGAGGAGUAAACCGCCUCUAUCUUCUUGAAACCUUUUUUUUCUUCUUUUCGCACACUAUUUAUCUUCUUUUACAUUCUUCUUUCUAAAUUAUCCACGUUCUACCUACCAUCUUCUCUCUUCUCAACUAUAUAUUUCUCGUUUUGUCUCGCUUGGUAUUUUGUUUAGGUUUGGUUCGUUCACCUAUUAUCUUUCAGGGUUCGGCUUUGUGCAUGUUGAA